CUGAACCCGCACAACCACAUGCAGCUGUAUUCUUCAUCUCUUGAUGGCAGCAUUAAGCUGUGGGACUUCAUGGAUGGGAUUCCCAUUAAGACUUUCUCUGUAGGAUCCAAACUUCUGGCACUGUACACACUUGCUAGUGCUGAGGACAUGGUGUUUGUUGUCAUUCCGAAGAGGGGUGAACGAGAUACAUUCCAGUUGGUCUCAGUGAAGCUGGCAAAAGCAGCAGGCCAAGAUGUGGAAGCCAAGGAGCUGUCAGUGGUUCUGGAUGGUGUGGGUGCAUCACUGAGGCACAUUGCAUUUGGAAGAGAAGGUGAAUAUGUGGUGUCAGUGAAGGACCUUAAUCUCCAAGUUUAUUUCUUUAAAUGGAAACAGUUGAACAGGUUUUCUCUAAGUGCGGUGAAGACCAAAGGUGGAGACAAUCACUUCAGUUGUGUGGUGUGCCAUCCCACAGAGGAUUGCAUUGCAACUGGCCAUGCCGAUGGGAAGAUUCGCCUCUGGAGGAAUUUCCAUCAUAGGAAAGAAUACACAUAUUCCACGCUGCACUGGCAUCAUGAUACUGUCAUGGAUCUGGCUUUUUCUAUGGAGGGAACCAGGUUGCUGAGUGGUGGAGUUGAAGCUGUUCUGGUCCAGUGGCACAAGGAAUCAGAGCGUCAGAAGGAUUUCCUGCCUCGUUUGGGAUCUCCUAUUGAGUAUAUCUCUAUGUCCUCUGAUGGGGCACUCUGCUGCACAUUGCAUUCAGACAAUAGAAUUACAAUAAUCAACAGCAACCUGAGGUUUUCCAGAAGUAUUCAAGGGCUAAUCAAAAGUAUGGAUGUCAAGACUGGUCUAGUGGUUGAUCCUAGAACCAAAGCUUUGGUCCUGAAUGGAGAGCCUGGCCACCUGCAGUUCUAUAGUCUCCAAAGUGAUCAACAGCUGUUCAGUCUGGACAUUGUGCAACGUCAGUACAUUCACGAGGCAGGUUUGAAGCAGGCUGACCUAGUGAAGGUGGCCUUCAGCGCACGAGGCACCUGGUUAGCCACAGUAGAAGAGAGCGAAGAAAUCACUGACCCUGAGUUACAGCUGAAGCUGUGGUUCUACGAUGAAGAAACACAAAGCUUUAAGCUGAAUACUAGAAUAAAUACACCCCAUGACAACCACAUCACAGACAUGUGCUUUCGUGACAUGGAUGAGCUGGAAGAUGACUCUCUGAUAUUGGUAACAACUGGCAGAGACUGUGUGUUUAAAGUCUGGGUGAUGGUAGAAGACUCUGAUCCAGAAGCACAGCAAAGUGUGAGCUGGAGCUGUGACUUCGUAGGCAGCUACCACAACUACCAAGCUACUAACUGCUGCUUCUCAGAAGAUGGCUCUCUGCUGGCUGUUAGCUUUGAAGAAACUCUCACGGUGUGGGAUUCAGCUACCUGGGAUCUUAAGUGUACCUUUUGCCAUCCACCUGGAAAAAUAAGGAACAUCUGCUUUGGGAGACUAACAUGUUCCAAGUACCUUGUUGGUGCCACUGAUUAUGGCUUUCUGUGUUGCUGGAACCUGCUCACUUGUGCAUUGGAGUGGAGUGCCCACCUCAACGUCGUCGUCCUGCAGCCUGAUCCCCUGUCUGAACAUAUUGCUGCAGUCUCCUGGCUCUCCAAAGAGUCCAGCCUGUUUGUGUUCAAACCAAAUGAGCCAAGGCCAAUCUAUAUCCAGAGAAACCUCUGCAAAGAAAAGAUCCUUCUUGCUGCCUUUGUUCCAAGAGAUGAACCUGAAACAGUUGGCUCAGAAAAACACCUUUGGCUAAGAAGAUCCCAGCUGUUUUUUCUUACAGAUACACAGGAGCUAAUGACACUUAGCACAAAGUCUCUGGAAGAAAGGCUUACACCGUCAAGCAAACAGCUGGCAGUAGAAGAAAGUCUUCCUGUGACUGCGUUUAGCGUGCUGUUGACAAAGCACAGACGUCAGCAAGCACAAGAGGAUACAGACCUUGGAAAACUAGUUGUGAAUAAGCAUGAGGAAGCUUCACCUGCUGUCAAGGAGCUUCUGCACACUCCAGCACAUGUGUUGCCAUCUGCUUCCUUCCUCUGCCCUAUAUUCAUUAAUUCAUUGCUCAUCUCCAAAGAGAACAAAAGGUAAGAACAGUUGAAGAACUCUCCUUAG